AUGGCUCUUCUCGUCUUCCUCCUCCUGUUCGGCCAAAUCCUACUCUGCACAGGCGCCGACACCAUCAACUCCACCACACCGCUGUCCGGCUCACAGAAGAUUGUGUCACAGGGCAGCAAGUUCACCUUGGGCUUCUACUCCCCACCCAAACCGCAAAGUAAGACCAUCUCUUCCACCUCUGACGAUUACUACUACAUAGGCAUAUGGUACAGCACUGUACCACUGUUGACCCCUGUGUGGACGGCAACCGCCGACAUGCUGGUGUCUGACCCGACCACUGCUUCCUUGGAAAUCGCCAUGGACGGCAACCUUGUCCUCCGUGAUCAGGCCAGGAACCGGCAGCUAUGGUCGACCAACGUGAGCAUAUCCUCCAACUCCACCAUGGCCAUCAUCAGGGACAGCGGUAGCCUCGAGCUCACCGAUGCUUCCAAUCCAUCCAUUGUUUAUUGGCAAAGCAUAGACCAUCCCACAGACACCUGGCUUCCGGGGGCCAAGCUUGGACUGAACAAGAUCACUGGUGUGAGCAACAGGCUUGUUUCUUGGAAGAACAGCGCACACCCAUCUCCUGGGCUGUUCUCUCUGGAGCUAGACCCAAACGGCACAACACAACUUUUCAUCCGGUGGAACGAAUCCGUAAACUACUGGACCAGUGGCCCCUGGAACGGCAAAUACUUCACCCUGAUGCCAGAGGCUGCCAAGAACAUAUACCGCUUCCAAUUCAUCAACAACGCCACAGAAAGCUACCUCUCCUACCCGAUGGAGGAUGAUUCAUUAGUCUCGCGGUUCAUCAUUGACGUGACUGGACAGACCAAGCAGCUGAUAUGGAUGGAUUCCAAACAACAGUGGGUUUUGGUCUGGGCCCAGCCACAGCCAUGGUGCGACGUGUAUGCGCUUUGUGGAGCAUACGGCAGCUGCACCAACCCCCUCAAUGCGAGUGACACGUACUGCAACUGUGUCAAGGGGUUCAGCCAGAAGGUUCAGAGUGACUGGGACCUCCAAGAUUACAGUGGUGGAUGCAAGAGGAAUGCACCAUUGUUCUGCGAGACCAACUCGAGCUCCGCGCACACUCAGUCUGAUAAGUUCUAUGUCAUGACAGAUGUGAGGCUACCUGAUAAUGCUCGGGGUGCAGUUGCCAAAAGCUCUCAAGAAUGUCAGGUGGCUUGUCUGGAUAAUUGCUCUUGCACUGCUUACGCUUACAAUCACGCCGGGUGCGUUGUUUGGCAUGGGGACCUGAUUAACCUCCAAGAGCAAUACAGCGGAGAAGGAGGUGGCACACUCCUGCUCAGGCUUGCAGCAUCCGAGCUGCCAGAUCAACAAAGGACGAAAACAAGGAUCAGUGGUUCCGUUGUUGGUGGAGUUGCUGCAGUUUUGAUAAUUCUUGCGAUUAUGUCCUUCUUCGUAUUUCAGAAGUGCCGCCGAGACAGAACUCUUCGGAUAUCCGAGAAUGCUGGAGCUGCACCGACUGACUUCAGGUACAAUGAUCUGUUGGAUGAUAUUCGAUGCAUCGAUUCACUUCUUCUCGAUCUAUCAACACUAAGAGCGGCAACAAAUGACUUUGGCGAAGGAAAUAUGCUUGGUAAAGGAGGUUUUGGGAUGGUUCAUAAGGGAGUCCUACCUGACGGUAAACAAAUAGCAGUAAAAAGACUAUGUCAGAGUUCCAGACAAGGUAUAGGGGAACUGAAAAGUGAGCUUGUCCUGGUCGCUAAGCUUCGCCACAGGAAUCUUGUGAGCCUCAUUGGUGUUUGUUUGGAAGAACAAGAGAAAAUACUUGUGUACGAAUUUAUGCCCAACAGAAGCCUUGACACCAUUCUUUUCGAUUCUGAGAAAUGCAGAGACCUAGAUUGGGGAAGGAGAUUCAAGAUUAUCAGUGGGGUUGCUAGGGGGUUACGGUAUCUCCAUGAAGAAUCUCAAUUGAAGAUAGUUCACCGUGACCUGAAAGCGAGCAAUAUCCUAUUGGACCUCGAUUACAACCCUAAGAUUUCUGACUUUGGCUUAGCGAAGAUAUUUGGAGGGGAUCAAUCAGAAGAUGUCACUAGGCGCAUCGCUGGGACAUACGGAUACAUGUCGCCUGAGUAUGCCAUGCAUGGUCAAUACUCAGCAAAGUCGGACGCAUUCAGCUUCGGUGUUUUGGUUUUGGAGAUUGUCACAGGAAGAAGAAACAAUGGCUCCUGCAACUCGGAGCAAUAUGUCUAUCUCGUAAACCUUGUAUGGGAGUGCUGGACCAGGGGAAAGGUCAUCGAGUUGAUCGAUCCAUCCCUUAGCGACCAUCCCUCUCACGUUGACCAGGUGCUGAAGUGCAUCCAGAUCGGUCUGCUGUGUGUGCAGAACAGGCCUGAAGAUAGGCCGACGAUGUCAUCGGUGAAUGUUAUGCUUAGCAGCCAGAGUGCUCGCCUCCCUUCUGUUUCCAUGCCAGCCUUCUCUGAUGGAUUAAGUGGACGCAGUGAUAAUAAUUCCGAAGCGGCGUCCUCAAAUGGAAGGACCAUCACAAAGCUUGAGCCAAGAUGA